ACACGACUGCACCUCCAGAAAGCAGAGCCAGGAGAUUGGAGGGGGGGGGGGGGAUGUUGUGCCACUGUGUGGGGUGGUGGUUGUAAGGCAGGGAUGAAUUUGGCCCAUUCAGUGGAAGUGGACCAUAUGCAGCAAGGCCACAAGCGCAGGAGGUGACCAGUCCUUGCUCAUGCAAAACCAAGCCGAGGGGGGUGGGGGCUCUCGACGGAAAACAACACAAGCUCUCCCCCGCCCCAGCGGCACAGCCAGACCCUCAGAGCAGUGCCAGGCGUGCCCUGGGCAUCAGCGCAGCCUCCCCAGCCACAAGGAUGCCUUUGCCCUCUGACAGAAGAGACGCCGCAGCGGCCCCGAGGGUUGCCAACUGCAGGCUGGCCAGUUCCUGGAAACUGGAGGGCAGCGGGGCCCGAGGGGGUGGGUGGGCAACGUCGCCGCACCCUCCCUGCAAGGAAAUCGUUUUCUCCGGGGGGUCGUCCAAUUCCAGGAGAUCUCCACACACACCCACCCCACGUCUCUCCCCCGCUCACAGCCACGGGCCCCUUUCGGGAGGGGCGGUGACGCUCUGAGGAGUGGGGGGGGAGGAACAGGAAAAUGGUUCACACGAGACGAGUUCACGUGCGAGAGGGCCUCCGGCCACCGGAGGGCGCCGUUCGGUCCCAGGACGCUUCCGGCCGCUCCGCCUCGAUGGUGCCUCCUGGACCGGCGGCCGCGCGAUCCUCCCCGGGAUCCCUCCGUGUUCCAUGGUGAGAGGCAGGCGGGGAGGGGGGAAGCAGCUCGGACCCCUCCGGAGGAGGAAGGGCGCCUCCCUCUCCAAGCCCCGCCAUGCGGCGGGCGGGGGCGGGAGGGCGGAGUACCGCGCGAGGGGGAAAGGGGGCUCCGCCUGAGCGCCCCCCCUCUUGUGCUGAGCGGCGCGAACUUCCGUUGCAGGCCAAGUACCUGGCGCAGAUCGUGCUGGUGGGCGUGCAGGUGGUGGGCAGGGCCUUUGCGCGGGCGCUGCGCCAGGAGUUCGCAGCCAGCCAAGCCGCCGCAGGAGCCCGAGGUCGCCCCCACGCCGAGGCCGCCGCCUCUAGCGCCUCCGGAGUAACUCUGCAGGAAGCCCAGCAGAUCCUCAAUGUCUCCACGCUGGACCCAGAGCUCGUCCAGAAGAACUACGAGCAUCUAUUCAAAGUGAACGACAAGGCCGUGGGGGGCUCCUUCUAUCUGCAGUCCAAGGUGGUGAGAGCCAAGGAGCGGCUGGACGAUGAACUGCGGACCCAGCCCCAGGGAGGACCAGACACAGAGCGCAGGCCGGACACGUAGCACCCCCCUCCCCCCCCUCCCCUUGAGCACCAUUUAAGUUAUAGCCAAACAAUAAAUUUCUCCUUCUGUC